CAGUACAGAUGCGUAGUUGAGGAUGAGUGGUCGCUAGGCAACGCAGCAUCCUGAACGAAAGAGGAAGAUGGUGUACGGGUUUUGCUUCUCCCGAUGCUGGCCCUUGAUGAAUUAGGUCAUCGCUUUCAGUUGCAUACUCCCUGAUUUAUUUGGAAUGGUGGUUGCCGUGUCAGUGAGUGUGGCGGGGUUUCUUGGUGGAAUUUCACUUCAUUGUCGUUAUAUGUGCGAAAAAUAUUGGUCAGUUUUAUUCGCAAAAGAAAAUUAACGUCCUUUAGGUAAAAAUGGCAGCUUGUUUUAUGAGUGAUGUGAAGAAUGCUGCCACGAUUCCUGUGGACACAGAACCGGAAAUGGGCAGAGAUGAGUUCGUAUACAUCGGAACAGCGAAGGUUUAGCAAUGUCCCCGCAACAAAAAGAUAUCGACGGAGGAGAAUCUCGUGUGUCGUGUCCCCCACAGUUUUGUCCUCGUUUGAUACUUCCUUCAUACCUCACCUUCGUCAUCUUGGGCCUCGAAGGACAUCACUCAGCGCCCUUGACUGUCCAGGAUUCAAAAUGCAGAAGAGAAAGAAAAAACAUCGCUAUUUUACUGGAAGAACCUCUAUAAGGAAUUUGAAGAAAAAGGAAUAAUGUAACUUCAGUGAAACAGGAGAGUGUUUGGCACAAAAUGUACAUUAUCUGUACCGUGUGUAACUGUUGGACUUUAAAAUGACUGACUUUGUAUCAUAACGGACUUAUCAAAAUUUCAUAAAUGACAUAAUUGAUCGCAACCUUUUGUCGUGUUGACUGUGAUUUUGCAAGUACCCUAUGUCCAUGACUUAUUCCAUCCUUGUUGAAGUGUAAACAGUGCCUCUUUUAUCUUCUGUGUUUGAUUUUCCCACUGAAAAAUAUUCUCUACAGAAGCUAUAAAAUAACGGUUUAUUAAUUUUUGUAAUGACUUUUGUUCGUGUUUCGUCUCAUCGGUACGGUAAUUGGUUAUGAUGUGUGUGUGUUGUCCACCAUCGUGACAGUUCGAACAUUACAAAAACGAGAAAUUGAACCGGUAGAAGUUUUUUCUUGUGUACAAUCAACGAACCGCUCUGAAUCAACUCAUCAUGUCAGUAUUUAGAUUUGGAACUGUAAGAAGCCCUCCUAGGCGGCCAACAGUACAAGGGUCAGAGCAAAGUCCUUUUUGCACAAGUCCCAGUCAGUUACAGGAAGUUACCUUGGAUCCGAAUGCAAGUGCAAGCGGAGCCGUCCCAUUUACAAUGGGUCUGCGGUCUCCGGGGAAGACAUCCCCAAUCAGAGGUCGCACCGUGAAGGAAUACGAAGACCAACUGACCCAAUUAAGGAAGGAAAAUUUCAAUCUCAAGCUCCGAAUAUAUUUUUUGGAAGAAAGAAUGGGACAUAUGAAUGCUGCCGACGAUAAGGAGGAUCCUGUGAAGAAGAAUAUCGAGUUAAAGGUUGAAGCAGAGCAAUUAAGGAAGGAAGUGUCUGACAAAGAGGUUCUGAUUUGUCAAGCUGCCAAAGCUUUGGAACUUGCAGAUGAAGAACAUCAGGGUGAGCUAAAGAAGAUACGGGAGGAAAGGCACAUUGAGAAAGAAGAGAUGAAAUCAAGAAUACAGGAGUUGGAGACUGAACUGAAAGAAUAUGAGAACAAGCUGAAAGACCCAAAAUUUUUGCAACUCGACUCUACCGCUUUGAUGACUGAAGUAUUUGGCCUCGGUGCAGCAAAUACCUGUGAUGACCACCAUGAUCAGGAAGAAAUAGAAAAGAUGAAGCACCAUAUUGAAGAGUUAGAAGCACAGGUUCAGCAACUGGAAUUCACCUUACAACAGGAAACAGUUCAUUCAAGUCAGUUAGAGACUGAGCUGCAGGAAGCACAACAAGAAGCUCAGCAUGUUAGUGUACGAUGCCAAGGCCUUGAAUUGGAAUUGAAACAGUGUGGCAACAAGCUUGAAGAUCUGGUACAGGAACUGGAUCAGAGAGGGCAGGAUCUGGCAGGCUGUAAUCUCCGAAUCAGGACACUUGAAGAAGCACUGAGUGCCAAAGAGCCUGAAAUUCAAAUCAAGGUGCAAGAGCUGUGUGAAAGGGAUCGCAUUAUUGAAGAAAAACAGAGUCAGAUUGAACAGCAGAACAAAGUCCUUGUGGAAAUUCAAAUCACACUGGAUGAGAAACAGCGGCAGAUUGAGGUUCUGAGAUCAUCACUUGCAGCCCGGGAUUCAUCUAUUGCAGACCUGGAAGCCCGACUUGCAAAGGCAAAAGCUAAUGCUCGUAAUUUAGAGGCAAAACUGGAUGCUUCAGUUCAUGAAGCAAAUAGACUUCGAGAAGAGGUUACAACAUUAAAAGCUCAGCAGAAGCGCAUUAACAAUCGCAGUCGAGAACAUAUGCAGCAAGAACUUGAUUUACUUUCACCCCUAAGGCGUAGAAGCAGCAAUUUAUCAAGUAUAUCAGAUGACCUUGCCUCUCCAGGAAGACGGGUUCGUCAGAGUUCAGAAGAUGAUCAUGUUGUAAGGAAACAUUUGUUGGGACUGAAAGAAAAGGAAGAGAAGCUGAAAACUGCAGAAGAAAGCAACAAAGAAUUAGGAACACAACUUGAAAAAGCUCGGCAAGAAACAGAAGCUUUGGAAGAGAAAGUGAAACAACUAGAAUCUGCGAGGCAGGAUGCUGAACACAAGCUUCAGGAGACUGAAAAGAAGAUGAAGGACAGGGAGAGUAAAUCAAACAAGUUUGAGGAAGAUUAUAUUAAAGCUUGCCAGGCAAUUAAAAGUUUCCUGAAGCGGACAAAGGAGAUGGACCAAGAAAUUAAUAAGCUCAAAUCAGAGUUGAAAAGAAGAGAUGAACGUAUUCAUGACCUGAUGUCAGAGGUGAAUGAAUUACAGGAUGCCUGCAACAAAGCCAAAUGGGAAGCCCAUCAACUGCAGGCACAGGCGCAGGUGCCUGGUGGUGGAAUGCCAGGAGCUUACGAAGAUGUUCGUGACAUGACCGAGGAGGAAAAUGAGCGAUUAUGGGCAGAAGUGGAGGACAAAAACAAGAAACUGGCUCAGUUAACAAAGGAGAGAGAUAAUCUGUCCACUGAGAUGGAGAAUCAGGUUCAAACCUUGCUUACAAGGUUAAAGGACAAAGAAAUGCUCCUAGAAGAGUACAAAGAGAGAGCUGCAACAUCUGUGAAUGAAUUAGAAUCUCGUGACAACCGGAUCAAGGAAUUAGAAGAGGAUUUGAGUCAAUUGAGAAAGGCAUUAGAAACAUCACAGCUAAAGGUGCAUGAUUUGGAAGGAAAGGAUGAUGGAAAAGAAAUAUCAAACAAUAUUCCUGUUGUAAGGGAAAGCAAUAAUAGUUCCUCGCCUGAAGCAUUAGUGCUGCAGCUGGAAGGCAAGAACCGAGAGGUUGAAAGACUCAAUGGAGAAUUACGGAAGCGGACCAACAAUCUCCAAGAACUGGUAAAUAGGGAGCUCUGGGACAAGAACCGUGAGAUUGAAAAUUUGCAGGAUCGCAUUAAUAGUAUACGUGAGAGGAAGGAUUUAGAGAUUAUGUCCUUGCAGGAACAAGUAAGUUCCCGUGACUUCCAGCUUAAGAUGUUGCAGGACAAAGUGGCUGAGCUAGGAAUACGUGUAAACUUCCCAACAUCACUUAUGAUGAAGGAGCUUCAGCAGAUACCAGUCACCUUUAAUCAUCAUGUCCAUUUUCAACAGCCUUCCAUGUCAAGCGGGAUCACUUUAAGAAAUGAGGCAGGAGAUGUGUGUAGAGAGGACUUUGGAAUUGCAACAGGAUCUUCAACCAGCUGUACUCCUAAGGAUGAAAUGUCAUGCCUUCGUGAUCAGCUCCAGGUCAGUGUUGAGGAAAGGAAGUACCUGUGUUGCAAGGUGGAGGAGUUACGUGAAAGGCUGCGUAACACACCGGAAAGGGACAGUGACAGCCGUGCUCUGAGAUCUGAAUGUGCCAGGCUAAGAGAGGAAAUAGACAGAGUAAAUGCUUGGCGAAAGGAAGCUGGAGAUGCCUGUGCAUUGUUAACAAAGAGAUUAGAAGAGUUAGCAUGGUUUCUCAGUUCACUUCUUAGACAUCCAGAGCACUUAGGUGGUUUGAGUGCGAAACAUCGGCAGCUGCUCAAGGAAGCUGUUGAUCGAAGCAUGGAGGUAUCUCGAUCUCUUUCUGUGUCACUGUCUAUUAAUAAUCCAGAUUUUACUAAUGCCUCUCUUCCUCCCCUGCUGGAUUCUUUUUCUAGCCUCCUAAUGUCUACCAGUGAUGUAAAUCUCAAUAUAACAGAUCUUUUAGGAGUUGAGGGUGAAGAUGAAGGUGAAAUAAGCAACAAUAAUCGUGCACAACAGGAGAAUUUAAAAUCCUUUGGUACAUCAGCAUGUGAGACAACCUUGGCUCCUAAUAGGCAGUGCUUCAGAAGCAGUGGCAGAAACAGAGAAAUUGCUCAAAUACAAGGGAUAAAGGAUUCAGCUACAUCAGAAGAUAAUUGUGCAUCAAGAGAUAAGAUUAUUGGAGAACAAGCCCAACUGAUUGCCCAGUUAAGAUCCCAGGUUGAAACACUAACUCAUGAAAUAAGACAGAGGGAUAUAGAAUUCUCCAGGUCACAGAAUAAUGGAUUAAAUAUUUGCAAUAGAACCGAAGUUGCUGCAGUAUUGUUUGAGCCAAGAAGCGGAAGUGCUAGUCCCAGAAGACAUUCCAGUGCAAGCUCAGGACCUGUGUUGAAAUCUAAGACUGAAACAGAAAGGCUUCUGGAUGUCGAAGAAACAGAGGAGUUGCUGUCUUCAAUGACAUUUUACAACAGCCAGCAUCUGAGUAGCAAUGUCGGUGAAGACUCAGUGUCACCUGAGAGAAGGGCUUUGCCAGAAGAAUUGUCAAGUUCACAUCAGGAGAAACAUACAGAUGUUGCAAAAAGAUCUGUAUCAUCACCAGUAAAAUCUACUAAUGCUGCUGGAGAAGUUGGUGUACAAGGUGUAACUGUGGCUUCAGGGAGAGCUGUGCUGAAAAAACAAGAUCACUCAAACAGUACAAAGUCUAGCUAUAGAAUGCGCCGUAGUUCCAGUGCUAGCACAGUUGCACUGAGUCAGCUACAACAGUCUAUCCAUCAUCAUGAUGUUCAUGCAGGAAGCUUGUCUGAGUCUGAGGCAUGGUCAGAGCCAGACAGAAAUGUAUCACUGGCAAGAAUUGGGCUGAAGGAGGAGUCAACCAAGGUGGUACUGUCCCCUAGAACAGGUGUCAGUGGUUGCACUCUGAUUAGCAGUGCUAGACCUCGUAAUGAUAGGAUCAUCCAGGAGGAAACUGACACGUCUGAAUCACCAGAGGAGACAGCUCAUGAAAUCAGUAGAAUUCAAGGUAAAAGGGGAAAAAAUGAUUCAGGAGAAGUGAGAAGACUGCAGAAUCGGUUAAGGGCACUGGAGCAAGUAAAUGAUGCAUUGAGAGCAGAGAUGACCAUCCUGCAACAAAUGGCUCCACCACUGCUUCCCCCUCCAGCAGAGACCAAUGAUAAACCAUCUGCUCAUGGCAUGAGCAUCAACACUAGCCAUAUAUACAAAAAGAAACUUGACAAAUCAACAAAUAUUGAGCAACUUGAAGGUAUGGAAGGAAGUAAUGUCACUUCUGUUACCAUCCCAAUUCACUUACUGGAGCAAAUCCGUUACCAAAGGGAGAAGCUGGAAUCUUCUCUUUAUCAUAACGACUUCAUUCGACGCCAAUUAGAAGGCCUCAUAUCGAGCUUAAGCAGUCAAGGUGGUGAUAAUAUGAUGAGCCUCUGGCAAAAGAUGAAAGAGACAGCUGAACAGUUUGAGGAGGCUCGUCACCAAAAUCAGGAGCUGGAAACACGGCUGCAGGAAAUGGAAGUGCAGUUGGAAGAGAGCAAAGAGAAAGCCAGGCUUGCUAAUGCUGCCACUGAGCAGCUUCAGGUGACUCAGCAAACAGUCUCCAUCCUUCAAGAACAGAUAUCUAGUCUUGAAUCUCAACUCCAGGAGAAGGAUAAUGAGAUAUUAGAGAGAAAGUGCCUAAUGUUGGAACUUGAAAACCAAACAAAGCAACAGAGCAUAGAGACAGAAAAAAUGGUGCAAGAAGCUGUCAGGUUAAAAGAAGAAGCUGAGAGACAGAUUCUGGCUGCAGGAAAUAUGAAGUUAGAAGGCGAUAAUAAGCUGCAAGAGGCACAGAAAUUAAUUACAGAAGCAGAGAAAACAAAACUUGAGGUUGAGGGCCAGUUGAUAGAAAUAAAGAAGAAAGCUGAGAAUGCCAAGCUCCAAAUAAAAGAUGCUGAAAUUAAGAACAUUGUGUUACAGAUAGAAAAAGAAUCAAUACUAAGAGAAAAGGAAAUAAUACAGAAAGAUAAAGAAAUAACACAAAAGGAAAAGAAUACAGUUCAAGAACACAAGGUGACAGUUCAAAGAGAAAAGGAAAUUAUUGAGGAGGAGAGGAAGGCACUUCAAAAGCAAAAAGAAACUAUGCAAAAAGAAAUGGAAGAACAUAUGGAAAAGGUUGAAUCAUUAGUGCAUGAUGCAAAGAAACAGAAAGAAGAAGCAGAAAUGCAAAUAAAGGCAGCAAAGAAGAAAAUGCAGGAGGCUGAGUUACUGAAACAGGCUGCAGACAGGAAGCUAAAAGCAGCUGAGGAAAUGAGCAUCCUUCUAGAGAAACACAGCAAGGAUGCACUGGAUAUGAGAACCAAGGAGAUGGAAGUCCGACUAACCCAGCAGCUCUCUGAAGAGAAGAAGAAAUUGCAUGAGAAACAAUGUGUCAACAUGGCUGAAAUGGAGAAGAAAAUACAUGAAGCUGAGGAACUAAGACGGGAGUUUCACACAGAAUUACAAUCCCGGAUAGAAGAAGCACAGAAACAAGAAGGAGAAAUUAGAGCAGAAGCAGACAUGAGAAUCAAAGAUAUUGAGGAAAGAAGCAAGGAACGAGAAAUGGAAUUGAAGAAACGUCUGCAGGAAUUAGAAAGGUGCUGUCGAAAGAAGGAACGUGAGCUUAUGAGGCAGUUGGAUGAAGUUACAGUAGCAGCAUCACAGGCAGCAUUAGAACGAACUCGUCUUGCUAAUGAGAAGUUGCAUCUUGAGCAGGAGCUCCGUCGACAUGAGGCACGAGAAACUGAGUUUGUUCGUGAGAAGAAGGAUAGUGAAAACUGUCUUCUUGUUGCUAAAGAACAGUUGGAAAAAGAGAUGUUGGUACUGCAACGACGAAACGAAGACCUUGAGAAAUGUGUGAAGGAACUAGAGGCAUCUAAUUUAGAACUCAAGAUGCAGUUAGACAGGCUACACAUGAAAGAACAACCAUCAUCCCCUUCAGGAGGUCCAGAUGCUUCAUCAUCUCCAACUCACAUGAAGGCUGGCAGAACGUCUCCUGGCAGUUACUCUUCUGGUCUUGACCUGCUGACGGGAGAGAGGGGUUCCCUUCCUAACAGCCCGUGGGGUACUACAGCUACAGUGUCACUGGAAUACAUUGGAAGCCAAAAUGAAGAUAAGGAACAGUGUAGAGACAGAAGCGGAAGGGGAAGUGACAGUGGCCGCAGCGAAGGGCUUACUGGUCUCUCCAGCCUGGUACAUCAUGGUUUUGGCAGACAGCAUAGUGAGCUCUCUGACUACAUGUCUGAGGACCAAGCUCUUGAAGAAUAUGGGGCAAUAUUCACAAAGACAUGCAGUAGUAGUUACUGGGUUAGAACACUGGCUGAGCAGCAUUCCACAUCAUCUAACAGUGUUCCUGCUGAUCCCUCUUCAAUGCGCAACAUCAACUCAUCUCCAGAUCUUGGAAUUGAGAGUGACCAGGGACGCUUCUCUAGUCUGGAAGCAGCUUCCAGUGGAGUACAAAUGGAUACACCCAAAGUUGUCAGCUCCAUGGAAGGAUAUCACUCUGAUUUUGACCCUAAUCUUACAGCUGUUGUCAUCGAUUCAAGAUGUGAUACAGCUUUCAGGCCUUACAAGGAACUGGAGCAAGAGAACAUGUUGUUGAAGAGACGUUUAGCGAGAACACAUCGUGCUCUUGAAGAAACUCUGACUCAGCUCACAGUGGCAAAUCAAAGAAAGAAGCAGGUGGAACAAGCAAUUUGCAAACAGCUGCAUAAGACACAUCACAUCCUUAGGAGAGCUAAAGUCAACCUUAAUGCACGAUCAGCAGAUGGUGUCACUCCAUCUCUAGAGAUGAAAUAGUUGUCUUUUUUGUGUGUGUGUGUGUGUGUGAGUGGUUUGGUUUUCAGAAUCAUUUGGCAGCAGGUCAUGUAUUUCCUUACUAAUCCAUUUCUACUGAGUGGUCCUUUUAUGGGAACAAAUGAAUACCCUCUGCCCCUAGCAUCUGAUGCUACGUACACAGAUAAUAUGGCCUUUUGUAGUUAUUUACAGCAGAGGAUGUUCAACUUUCCUUACCAGAGGACUGCCUUGCAUUACGAUUCCAUCCAACGUUCGUUCUUACUAACACCUGAGGAAACUGCCUCAUUCCUUCACUUAAAUUGGGGUCCAGGUGGUGUAGGAUAAACUAAUUUACACUCAAGUUGUGUAAAAUAUGUUAGAUGGACAGAUCAUAUGUGGUACAUAAGGCAUCAUAUAGAUUGCGCCCUGCACUCCCUUUACUGAGGAAGGGAAAGAAUUCAACAAUUGGAAUUGUGAGUUUUAUCUUUCACCCAGUGAGACAACGAUUCCUUCAAAACUUCCCCGCUGUGCCAAUGAUAGUAUUAGAUGGUGUUUCCUACUUAUGUGUUUGAGUUGUAAGAUUGGCAAAUGAAGAAAGAAAAAGAAUACCUGGUGGUUGUGGAAAGUGCAAAUGUUUUAGUAUUCUUGCAGAAUAACUAUUUUAUUAGGUCUUAGAUGACAUAAGCUGAGUCACCCUUCAAAUGCUGCCUAUUAGUUUUGUAAAGUAGGUUGUUUAACAUUCAUGUAUGAAGUUAGAACUGUAAAUAUUUGCUUGAUUUUUAUUUUGAAAAGAGAGUAAAACUUACUUUUUGAUUGAACCUAUGACUAUAGAUAUAUUUUCCCUUAACAACACAGAAUGCAUCAUAAACAUUGGAAGAAACGCUUUGUCAUUCAAAUAUUUCUGACAAUUAUUUAUUUGCAGAUGCAAGGUAAUAAAUGUUUAUACUUUAAAAGAAA